AUGGCAGUCCUCCAAGAACCGAUCGUCGCAGAGACCACUCUGCUGAAUGGUAACCCCGCCAUCUCAGCGAGCCUGGCGAAUGAAAAACAUGCCACUAUUACACAGGUCAAAGCUGUGGAUGAUGCCAGCGAUGUUCCAUCCAGACCGGCCUUCGAACUGGAGGAGCACCCAAUUGACCAAGUACGACCGAUUUCCGUCGGUAUAAUUGGCGCGGGACUGUCGGGAAUCACGGCGGGAGUGUUGUUGCCAGCCAAGCUGCCUGGCUUAGAUCUGAGGAUCUACGACAAGAACGCGGAUGUGGGAGGAACAUGGUUCGAAAACACUUAUCCUGGCGUAAGAUGCGAUAUCCCCGCGCAUGUUUACCAAUCUGGGUUCGAGCCCAACACGCAGUGGACCGAGGAGUUUGCCCAAGGCCAUGAAAUCCGGGCGUACUGGCAGGGCGUAGCGCGCAAAUACGAUGUCUACAAGUAUCUUCGGCCGCGCCAGAGGGUCCAGAGCGUGGAAUGGGUUCCAGCAGAGGGAAAAUGGCGGGUUACUCUUCAAGAUCUGAACACACAAAAGGUCUACGAGGAGAAGCUCGACGUGGUGAUCAACGCCAUCGGGCAUUUCAAUGCAUGGAAGCUCCCAGACUACGAAGGCAUCCAGGACUAUCAGGGACCGCUCUUCCACUCCUCCAACUGGAACCACAAUGUCGAUCUCACAGGCAAGCGGGUUGCGCUUAUUGGUAACGGAGCAUCGGGUCUACAGGUUCUCCCUUCCAUCCAGCCGAUCGCAGCGCACGUCGACCACUAUGCGCGGAAUCGCACCUGGAUUGCCGAUUCUUUUGGCACGACGGGAGUCCGUCGGCUUGAGCCAAAUCUCUUCUCUCCGGAACAGCUAGAGAGCUUCAAAGACCCAGACGCCUACAUCAAGUACCGCAAGAGUGUCGAGCAGGGCUACUUCUCUCGCUUCGGGGCUGUCUUCAAGGGAUCUUCCGAGAACAAGGAACAGCGUGAGAAAUGGACCCAGCUGAUGCUCCAACGGGUCGUCGACAAACCCGAACUCGGAGAGAAGAUCAUUCCAGACUUCCCUCCCAACUGCCGUCGUCCGACACCUGGUCCAGGAUAUCUGGAAGCUCUGACCAAGGGAAACGUCAGCUACAUCCAAGCUCGAAUCCAGAAAUUCACCUCGAAUGCGAUCAUCACCGAGGAUGGAACCGAACGACAGGUGGAUGUGGUUAUCUGCGCUACCGGAGCCAACAUUGAUCACUCACCCCCCUUCCACAUAAUCUCCGGAGAGAUCGACCUUCAGUCGGCUUGGAAGCACGACGGCCUCUACGGCCAUCCCUAUAACUACCUAGGCGUGGCCACGCCCGGCUUCCCCAACCUCUUCUGGAUCGGAGGACCCCAUUCCACUGGGCAUGGCGGAAGUGUGCCCAACAGCAUCGAGAACCUCGUCACAUAUAUUGCCAAGAUCCUGAGGAAGAUCCGCAGCCAGGGCAUCAAGGCCAUGGCGCCGUCGAGGCAGGCCGCCGAUGACUUUGUCGAGUACUGCGACCGGUUCUAUCCCCGGACGGUAUGGAGCGAGAACUGCAGCUCGUGGUACAACGGCGGUCGCCCCGGAGGACGAAUUCACGGCCUGUUCCCCGGAAGUGCGGCGCAUCUCAACUAUAUCCGUCGCGAUCCGCGGUGGGAGGACUGGGAGUAUAUCUACACCAACCCCAGUGGGAAUCGGUUCGCCUACUUUGGCGACGGAUGGACCAAGAGAGAGAGAGACGAGGAGGCGGAUCUGACGCCACAUCUGAAGAAGCCGGAGACGAUUGAUCUACGGUCGUAUCUGGAGGGAUGGUGGGAUGUGUAG